AUGGCGGCGCCGAGUAGCGACAGCGUGCAAAAGGCCUUUGGGCUCUUUGACGACGACAGCAGCGACGACGAGUACGGCUACCACGAGGCAGCAGUGGCGACGACGACGAGCACGGAGGUCCACCUGCAGUUCACACCUGACCCGGCGACGGCGCCGCCGACGGUCAUGACACCGUCGCAGUAUACGCCGUCGCUCUGGGCGCACAUGGCACCCGACUUUAUGGGCCCGAUGGAGUUUCGCGACAACUCGGUCGAGUUUGGCGGCGGCCGCGGCUACUAUGCGGCAUGCGAUAUUCCUGCGGGCACGCUCCUGCUGCGCGAGCGUGCGUACGUGCAGUGGCCCGACGUCGACGACCGCGACGCGCUGCUCGUGGCGACCGUCGACCAGAUUCUGCGCUGCGACGACGCCGACGAGAUUGCGUCCAAUAUGGCGCCACUGCAUCCCGUGCGGCUGACGGACUUGCCAUCGCCGCUCUUGAGCGCGGCCCACGCCCAGUACACGAACCCGCUCCAGUCCGUCUUGAGCAACCACAAGCGCAGCCACGAGUUUGACAAGUGGCUCCAAGUGGUCCUUGGCAUGCAGUGCAACGC